GCCAUGGCAGAGGACGCAGCAGCAGCCCUGAGAGAGCAGAUCCGUCAGACAGAAGAGCAGCUGAAAGAGCUCGAAGCCCUGCCAGCCUCUGAAGAGAUCACAGCCAUCAAGAAGGACCUCAUCGCACUCAUCAGCAGCCUGCAGGAGACGCUGCUCCAGCUGACCAAAGCCAGCGCCUUGCAUUCGCUCGAACAAGUCGCCAACGGGCCGGAGAGUGCCUCCGGUAAUUAAGAAGUCCGGCCAGACGAGUCGAGUUGCAUGCUGUUCUCGGUUGUCAUUUAUCAGUCAGAGAGCCUCUCAGAUCUGCGCGUUUGCUUGAUCAUCUUAGCCCAAUGCACUGCACGCGGCCGUGGCCACUGUCGAUACAUCCAUUCUUCUGUGUCUUGUGUGGGGACGUCUUGUCUUGUUCCUUCCUCAGGUGCCCCUUCCUGCCCCUUCAAGGAGAUCGCAGCCGUGCUUUCCUCACCAUCCCCAUCACCAGAGCAUCCCUCAGGCUCAGCCGCGCCGGCCACCGCUGCUGCUGCUUCCGACGACCUGCCAGCGGCAUCUAUCGACUCACUCGUGGGCUCCCGCGUCCUCUUCCCUCGGAGGGCUCUCAACGGGGCUGUCACAUGGCGAAUCGGCAUUAUCGAGCAGCUGAGGAGGUCUGAUCACGAUGCGCAGCGGCCACCUGAAGGUGGUCAUCGUGAUGGGGACGAGGAUGAGGGUGACGGCCUCCUCAUGUGCCUGGUGUCUUAUGCGGCUCCGCGGGAGAAGGGAGAGACCCGCUGUCGGCACAUCCGCAAUGUGAGCGAAUGUCCCUAUGGACCCUCUUGCCGGUUCUCUCAUGGUGUAUGGGUGGAGCUGGAUGCGCUGCAAUCGCUCCCCUGGCACCACGAGGACAUCUCUGAGGGCAACAAGGUGGAGGCCCGUUUCUCUGAUGGCCUGUGGUACGAGGCCACAGUGACGGAGGUGACACCUGAUGGCCGCGUCAGGGUCCACUUCGACCCACCGCACAGCCACGACUUCACCCUGCCCCCCACCGCUAUAUUGCCGCGUGCCGACGUCUUCUAUGGUGGCUCUAUCUCGAGCAAAGACGACCAAGAAGACGGCCAAGAAAACGAGCCAUCCCGCCCGUCUCCCUCUCCCUACCCCUCCCCGGCCCCCUCUCCAUCAGACGAGGCCAUCGGCUGGGGCGGGUCCGACAGCGAGUCAGAUGGCGAUGAGGAGGAGCAGCAGGGAUUCCACGCGGUCCAGGAGCAGUUUGAGCACCCCCACGUGGAGGAGUUCGGCAAGUGGGAGCAGUUUACAAAGGGAUUUGGCUCCAAGAUGCUCAAGAAGAUGGGGUGGAAGGGCGGGGCACUGGGCAAGGCCGACCACAUGGACCAUGACAAGAGGAUCGUCAACCCCAUCUCUGUCAGGGUACUCCCGCCCAGGUCAGUGAAUGCAGUGAGAGCACCAAAACCAAACACACAUGAAACCCACCCAGCUCUUCUGUGUCUGUCUGUGUCUUCCCUCAUCCAGGCGGUCUCUCGACUUCAUCUCAAAGCCCUUCAAGAAAGGCGCCAGCAAGCGACGCGGUAAACGGGGCAGCGGCAAACGCAAGCUGGCGGCGAAAUACGGCGAGGCAUGGCUAGCGCAGCACGGCCCCUCUGCCCCGCAUGAGCGCGGCUCCUUCAAGCUAUUGAAUGACGGCCUGAUGCAGGGGAUGGGCCAGAAAGCCGACAGUGCAGCAGCUGAGGCGCGAAGGGCAGAGGCCAAGCACCAGCACGAGAUGGAGAAGCUGCGACGGUCUCAGACGACCUCUGAAGGCGACCUGAGGAAGAAACUGGUGGCUUGCCAGGACAAACUGAAAGUCGCCCGAUCGCAGCUGAGUGGCGCAGAGGACCAGCUGAAGCGACACCUGGGUGAGCGGAGAGGCAGACCAUACACCUGUCGGUAACUGGUCGGUCAUUGUGUGUGUGCUGUGUGUGCGUGCGUGUGUGUGCAGGUAAGGGUGCUGUGACGGAGCUGCAGGCGACCUACGGUGGAUCAGUGGCGGCCAAGAGGAAGGAAAUACAACGGCUGGAGGUGAGGUGGUGUGGGAGGGAGGGGUGGCUCCCGUCGAGUGGUGUGAGGGUCGGUUGUGUUGAUUUGUGUGGCUUAGGACGAGGAGAGGGCGUUGACAGAGAAGCUGUCAGGCAACCGGGCAAAGAAGAAACUCAAGGUCUUCUGAG